GAUCGAGAAGCAAUGAAAUGAUUUUGCCUUCAUGACCGUCGAUGCAUGGACUGAUGGAGCAGGAGAAACACGACAGCAGGAAAGUAGAGACUCCUUCUCAAGGUUCCUGAAGUACUUGUUUUUUUUUCACUGACAGUCUAGACUACACUCCGUUUCUGCAAUUGGCUCUUUACAAUAAUCAUUCCGAAAUGUUCAGGCUCACGUUCUUAGUUGAAUACUGAUUUUACUGAUUCCUGUUUUUGGGAGGUGCCAAUUGACUCCAGAACAUGGCUGGAUCGCUGCCAGCUGAAGAAAAGGAGAGUGAGCCUCCCGCUAAGCGCAUCUGUCUCCCUGGUGGUCUGGCUGAGCCAGCCAAUGAGUCUAUGUCGAAUUCCUCUCUGGAAAAGUCAGUAGGGUCUGUCAGUCAUGCGUCUUGCGACAGCAAGAGCUCUGACUGUGGUGGUAGUAACGAUGAGGAGCGUGCUGGACAGGAUGAACUAAAGCAAUUGAUGAAUAGGUACCGUAGCCUGUCUAGCUCCCGCAACAAGCUAGCAUUCCAGGUCAACCAGGCCAAGCUGCUGCUGAGCUCUGAGCAAUGCCAGUCGCUUGUGUUGAUGCGCGAGGGUAAGGAUGUGGCCGCACAGCAGGCGCUGGCGCCAGCACCAGCAUCUAGCGCUUCAUCAACAGCGGCUGGCAGUGCGUCUACCACCACUGCCGCCACCGCAGCUAACCGUCGUCAUAGUGUAGCCACUCAGCCAGCCGACAAGGUUAUUGUCAUCGACGAUGAUUUGAUGAUCAUCGAGAAGGCUCCACCAGUCUCAGCAGCAGCAGUAACGUCUGCAAGAAGUAGCACAGAUAGUGAUGUUGUGAUUGUGUGCGAUGAUGACAGUCCCCCAGUCAGCGUUGCAGCAGUUGCAGCAGCUCCGCCUUCGCCUGCACCCCAUCCUCGUGAGAAGUGUUCCACGUACCAUUUUAGGAAGAUGCAAAGCAGUUCUCUGGGACCAGUAUCGAGCAAUGCUAACCACUGUGCGUACUGCGAGUGCUAUGCUUGUGGCAAGCCAGCUGCACAGUGUGCAUGGUGGAAGGCUGCAUCGUCAGCUCACUGCAACGCGCACAGCCAGUCACAAGAGUGGAAGAAAACACGCCGGAGAGCUGGCCUGGACGAGCUGGCAUCAGUGGUAAUCAAGACACCAAUCGACCUGGACGAAAUCAACGCCCUCCUGCCCAAAGACGACCACCCGGCUUUGCGUGACACCUUCAAUGCCGCUAAGGAACUUGUUGAGAAAAUCAGAAGCGGCGUGCAGAAGUACUACAGGUCGUCGGAUGAGGUCCGCCGCAGUCGAUCUCGUCAUUAUAUUCACGGGGUCGAGCCAUGGGACAUGUUUGCCGACUAUGGUACUGGCAACCGCCAAAAAUGCUGCUGCGAUUGCCACGACUCGUGCGAGUUCUGUCGCUACAACUACUGGCCCGGCGAGUGCGAGUUUGAAGAUGAGCACGCGCCGGACGGAUGUGAGGACUGCCGCGACGACCAUCUCUGUCGACCACAUCAUAGCUUGAAGUACGUGAUGAAGGUUGCCCAAGACACCAACAGCACUAUUGUCGUAGCUCUGGAGACCAAGCAGUUCAAGAAGGCACUGUAUCUGCUGACCGUCUUUAUGGCCUGUUUCUUCCAUCCGUCCCUGUGGAGCCUUGAAAGAGACAAGAAUGAGUUUUGGGAUCCUCCUCGAUCAGUGCUGCCAAGCCUUUUGUCCAGGCUUCAUGCCAAACUGGGCUAUAGCAUGGCAAUGGCAUUACCGCCCAGGACUGGUCGCUACAAGGACCUGUGGCAGCGGUUAAAGAAGUCGAGCGAUGCUGCGACGGAGAAAAGCCCUGCGAAUUGCACGCACAAGCAACUGCUGAAUGACUUGUUCUCUUUAGUCGGAGAGAAUGACGAGCCACUCAAGUCACUUCUGACUUUGCCGGAGAAGCGCCUGAAGCAGAACUUUAUGUCCGAGUCUUACUCCCUUGCAAAGGCGCGGAUAGAGAAGUUCAAAGGGGAGAAGAGGUAUGAUGCAUGCGUGCGGUAUGCUCGCUAUGUCGAGGUCAAGGGAAGCCAGUCGUCUGAUUCGCAAAUCCGGGACUUGCUGUGUGAGUACUUGCUGUGCGAGUACGGUGUUGACGGCGUGAUGGAGCAGUUCCGCAAGCGCAUGAAGGACCGUCCGCGGAUAAUGUGUUUCCGUGACGACCCAACUAGGAACAAGGAGACGUGCUUGUUGAUAGAGACUGCGCCAUUGUCAACGGUUCUGCUCGUGUUUGAGAAGCUACAGUGUAUCGCUUCAGAAUGCAAAUCCGAGUCCGCAUCAAGCACAAGUUACUAUAUGCAUUCAUACUCGCACUGGAACAAAACCAAGUAUUGUGACAGUGAUGAGGAAGACUACGGAAAGAACGACAAGAACAAGAAGAAUCAGUCCACUGCCAACUCCAGCUCAACGAGUCAGUCGCCUUCUGGCAAUCAUCGCCGCACACGCUCCAAUAGCCUCGCAGUGCGUAUGGGCUCAACAUCAGCACCUGUGUUGCAGCCUGCGGCCACCUCCACUGCGUUGGCUGGUGCAGACUGGUUUGCAAGUUUGUCACCAGAGCGUUUGAAGCGCAUGAAGUCUCGUUCUAUCACUGCGUGCCUGAUCAGCUUCUUUGUGCCGCUGUUCGCUCGCACCUCGUCUACCUUUGAUGCUAUUGGCCCAUUCUUUACACACCAGAUGAAGUAUUUUGUCCGUGGUGCAAUUGAGCGACCGGAUGACAUCACGGAAAACAUUUACAUGGAUCAGGCCAGUGAGUUUGUCAAGGCGUCUCAAAGCCAGCUGCUGGACUUCCCUACGUUGCUACCCUGGCAGUCGUACAAGCUGUUCAUGAUUUAUCUGUACAUUGAGCUGUCCGUGAGAAUGAUAGGCUCGAGAUGUCUCAUUUCGCCGGAUCACCUCAAGGACAAUCCUUGGGUAUCUCACUGUUUCAUUGAGCGGCUUGGCUUUUACAUGGACUGCAGACGUGCGACUGGAACCGUUGCCAGCUCCAGCACCAAGAAGUCACCGCUGCCUAACUUUGUUGAGGACAUCAAGAAGGACACUAGUGACGCGUUCCAUAACCUCGUCGUGGCUGCCGUAGAAACGUUCAAGACUGGCAGCCCGUUGUCACUGAUGUCCAUCGCUAGCUGGGGCUCGUUGCUGCUCGCUAUAAGACUGGACCGUAUCCGCUGGCUUCUCAUUCAACUCUUGCUGCUGGCAGAGCAAAAGAUCACAACCCCGCACGGCUUCGUUGGAAGCGGCUAUAAAUCCGCUGUGAUGCCUGACAAAAUUGAACUUUCUACGACUGACCGUGGCCGUGCCCAGCAGUUACUUGUUCUGGCUUGGUUCCACCGGAUGACUAUCAAUACCUUGGAUGGAAUACGACAUUCUCGCUACUGCACCACUGAUAGCCGCUUGUUCGUAGUCAAUCGUGUUGCCAAGGUUUUGACUCUUGCCUGUCACUUGAAGCAAACAGCGUGGGUGAAGCACUGGAUUUUCACUUGCCUCAAGUCAUCUUGUUUGGAUCUCCAAUCCUAUCUGAAGCUGACUGAAACUCUAAAGGCUUGCAGCCCGGGCACAGCCGCUGAGUUUGUUUCCUCCGUGCGGAAUCAUUAUGGAUCCCUUGCUAGUGGAGGAGAUACAAUGUUUGGUCAAGUCGGCCUGGCUAUCUAUCUCUCCUCUCCGGCACAGGUGGAGACCAUUCUGCACAAGAAGAGCAUCAGCGCAGAUGGCAGUAUCAGCUCGAUAACGGAGGGGCUGAAGGCGCUCGUUACCGACAAUCCCUCCCAGGCUAAGGCCAUGGUUUGGGCGGUUCGUGACUGGCUGUGUAUGCAAGUGUUUGGCUCUCGCUUUGAUGAGAAGGCUCCUUCCACCAAGAUGGUAACACGGAACAGUUUCGCUACACGGCACGUCUAUGACGCAAAACCAAAACUGGUGAUCGUCGAUGUGCUAAAACUCUUAACGCCAAUCAAUCCGGCCUUGCUUGUGCAAGCUGCUGAUAAGAAGCUGUCUGAAUUGGAGACGUUGUACUAUGAAGACCGGGUGAAUGAGAACGAGCGCAAGUUCUUCGCGAUCGUUCUAGCGUACGUCCGAGUCGUUUUCGACUCUGCUGGCCAUCUGGGCUUCUUUGCUCAUCGCCUGCAGGAGCUUCUCCGCAGCAGGCUGCGCAAGAAGAUCCAGCUAAUUCAAGAGGUCAAUCGUUCCAAGGACGUCAGUGCUGACCUUCCAAAACCUGUUGCAUCGUGUGCCUUGUUGAAGGAAGUCCUAAAGAAGCCAAGCGUUGCCCAACAACCAACAACAACGGCGGCAGCAGCUUCCUAUUCGAAAGCACAGUCGAAAAACCAGAAGGCUAUUGUGGAGAAGCUGUCCUUGGAUAGGACAAGUACAGAGCACGUGCAUUUUCUCCAGAAAAGUUCACCUCAGGUGCCGAUCCUGCUGCUCCUCGACAGUCGGCUGCCCCGGCGGCCUCUUAACCAAUAUUCUGCCCCUUCUGCUGUGCAGUGCAGAUUAGAGAAGGAAGCAGAAGCGGCAUUAACGGCAGCGAGUACCCCGUGCCCCAUGGAUACUAGUGCCAGUAGCGCGUCACCGCUCAAGCAAUCUAGGGCCGCCGUCCCUGCCACCAGCAACAGCAGCACACCUACAACUGCUAGGACACUAAGCGCUACACCGAAGGCUGGUGGUGCUUGCUCGGCAACACAGGCACGCAUCAGCUCUGUGCCACUUACUGGCUCCAAGCCGUCCACUGCUACUGCGAAUUACAAGCGACCUGCGACCACACCUCUUGAAAAUGUGAGCAAGAAGCCAAUGGUGGCUGCUGCUGCUGCUUCUACUCCCGUUAGUAGCGCAAACAAGAAGGCAAGUGUUGCCACUGCCGUUCUCACACCAGCUGCUAAGAAGACACCCACUGCCGUGGCGAAGACGAAGCCAUCAAGCCGGACCAUGCGUUGGGUUGACUGUAGUACACCAACCACACCUGCUGCAGCACGUAGGUCUAUAGCAGCGGCAGCAGCAGCAGCAAUGGCCAAAUCUACACCCACUGCAAAGAAAACAACAGCGUCAGCUUCCCUGGUGUCUGCAGCCUCAUCUUCCAUCGCAUCGUCCACUGCUGCAGCCAGAUCCAGUAUAGCAACGCGGUCAGCUACGAAGGCUGCUACCCCAGCAACCAGCAGCACAGCUGCCUCUACUGUGGUCGGUCAGAAAGCAUCGAAUGGUGUCGCUACGCCUGCUCGCAGUACAGCCGCUAAUGCAGCUACACCUCGCUCACUGCCUGCUAGUGUUAGCAACCACCGUAGCUCACUGCCUGCUAAUGCAGCUACACCUCGCUCACUGUCUGCUAGUGCAGCUACGCCUCGCUCACUGUCUGCUAAUGUUAGCAAUCACCGUAGCUCAGUGUCCUCGAGCACUUCUUCAGUGUCAACGGGAAGUAGAAGUCAAGCAGCACCUGUAGCCAGCGGUGGAUUGGCUUCAGGCUCAGUCAGUACAUCGCGAAUACAUUCUUCUCACACAGCUGCAACAAGUGCCGCGAGCAAAGUUGCUGCCAGUGCGUCGUCGUCUUCCCUGCCUGUAGGUACACAGCACUCAAGUAUAUCUGCUCUGUCACAGGCCAUCGCCAUUCGCUCCAGCAAUGAGUCUGCUCUUGCGGCUGCUGCGUCCCUCGCCGCCUCUGUCACAGGCCAUUCGCAGAUGACCGUUGGGCAGCUGUACAGCGGUGCAUUGCAGCCCGGUGGUGUAGCAGCUCCACGUGUACCUGCUCGCAGUGCACCAUCACCUGCAGCCGCCACAACACACCCAUCACCGGCACCAGCAGCUACAGCACCGGCGACAGCGGGGCUGAUCACGGCGCCCAGUGUUGUUCCGGCACUACUCACUACUCAGCAUGGUCACGUCAGUGGCUGGCUGUAUCAUAGCGAGAACGGACCGCAGUUUGCACUGCCGUCAGCCUCAGUCAAUGAUGCUGUUGCCGUGAAGUGCUUGGAAGCACUUGGCAAAGGCGAGGGUCGCCUCACCAUUGCCAGCGCACCCAAUGGCUCGUUUCCUGUAGCGCCCAAGAAAUAGAGCUGAUAGCAAGGCCAGUGCCUUCUCUUUGUUUAGUAGCGGGAACGACUGUGGACGAGGCACUGCACUAUCUCAUUGCAGAUGAUGUAGACUUUAGACUGUGACUUGCCAGUCAUCAGUCAACAUCGGUACAUGUGCUCUUGGAUUUACUUGCAUUCAGCAUCAUCUUGACUCUUAGAUCUCCCAACUUGUGUCAGUAGGUUCUUUACUUUGUUUCGCGUUUUACUGUAGAAUAAUCCCCUGGUGUCAUAACCAGUUCCGCUCAUACUUAGUCGCACCAAAUAAAUCACGUUUUAGGCUCGGUGGUUGUCAUAGAUGGUCCCUUUGUUUCAUGUGCAGGACUAGAUGUCCUCUCCUAUGCCGUAUCUAGCCAGCUAGUUGCAGGCGUGCAUACAUAAUCUCCAAAAAAACUAAUGUACAUAAUUAUUAUGUUUUCUUUCCUUUGCCAUGGUUUUCAUCAUGCUCUGCUACCGAUGCCCCACCGCCACUCUUUUGUUUUACUGAACAUGACAUGUCCUCUGCGCAGUUGAAAAUACAUGUUUGCCUUGGCAGCACAAGCAGGCAAGGAGUCGUUCAGGCUAGGCUUCUGCUGAUUCUAACUCCAGUGCAUGAUAUGUCUUGCAUAUUUGCUUGUUUUCAUGUCUUCCCUUGGCGUGCUUGGUCCCUUUUCUGUUUUUAUUUGAGGUACGAAACUCUUUUCUGUUGCUUUUAGAGAAUACUCGGCGUGCAGCAUAUUCGUUUCCGUGAUUCCGUUUUAUUAAUGAUCAUCAUAUUCCAUUAUUCCACCAGUUGUCCGGGUUUGGAGGACUAGCUACUUCUGGCAUGCACACCUGCUGCUGUAGUCUGUUUUUAUUAAAUGCAUUAUACACUGUAGAUCCACUGCUCCUGCUUCUGGUGAUGCCAAGUCUCCGUCAAAAUCCAGCCUUUUUAUUUCAACCCUUCAGCUUUUUGUGAUAAGCCAUCUCUCACUUGCAGUCCAUCACUUUCUGGUACUUAUCUUCUUUCCUUCUCACCUGUCCAUGUAUCCGAGUGUGCUCUAUCUCCAUGCACCCGUACAGUACGAUAAAGACCAGUGCUUCUAACGAAUUGCCGUGUUCUCUUGGUAUGCUCGCUGCCACUACGCAGAUCUGCUCUCAACUCGAUAAUUAUCGUCUGCAUACAG